UGAAACUCUGCCGUUGAGCUCGCUCUGUGUUCGAACGUUCGCUCGCACCAGAUGACCAGUCAGUGCGAGUUCAUGCCGUUGGGGCCAUUCGUCGUUUCCUCCGUCUCGUGAUCGUUCUGCGAGCGCCAGACGCAAGAAUUCGCAGAGCCAUUUGCUCGUUGCAACUCCCGACUGACAGACAUCGCCUUUGUCCAGCUGAGCUCAGCUCACUCUCUCACGCUCUCACUCUCACUCUCUGCUUCUCUUCUCGGCCUCCUCGCUGGUCGUUGUUAUUUUCUCCUCCUGACCUGACCCGACCCGACCUGCCCACUCGACAGACGCACAGCCCGUCAAAUCAUGUCGGAUGAUUGUUAGCUCGAAAAUUGCAGUACCUUUGGCAGCUCGCUGAUUUCAGCUCGUCGUGAACAAGUCACUGAUGUGCGAACGGAAACAUCUGGUGCUUUCUCGGAGGCAGUGGUUUUGGAAGUCGCUGGGUUGAGUGAGAGCUUCGAAGCAUGUCAAGUUGGUUGGAGCGCAAAAUUCCAGUCAUCGACAAUUUUAUGAUUCUAGUGAGACUGCCGGAUGGAGGGAAGGAAAAAGCUGUGAACGUCGUUUGAAGACUCAGUAGUUGCGUACUUCCAGGAGAGCGAACAGUCGCCAGACUCAACACUCGAGGAACUGCGAAGGUCUGUCAUGGAGAGGAAUUACACUCAAGAACGUGUCAUGCAUCGCGCUGCGCACCAUCAGGACUAUCGAGGCCGAGUUCCAUCGAGCGUAGGCAGCUCGCCGUCCAGCGAUUGCGGCGAGUCAUGCGUCCGAGUGAACUACAGAUACUACCCGACGGGCGACUACCACACGGCGCCGAUGCACUCGAUGGAAUGCUCGGUGGACCACUGCGUGAAGCAAUCCAACGCGCGGCAUCAGAAAGGCAGGAGCCUGAGCCUGAGCGAGCCCAACAAUGGGUUCCUGGACGACAGCCACACUGCGCCGCUCAUGUUCUACAGCGACGACGCGCUGCGGGAAGUGUGCCAGAAAGGAGCUCGCCGCGGUCCGUUUCGCCAAAUCGGGAGCAUGCUGGGCUGCUUUUUCCGCCGGGGCCGUGACACGAACGAGAAGAAAGCGUGGGCCAAGAGCCGCGCGCUGGCGCUGCUGGAGCUGAGCAAGAGGCAGCAGACGGCGUUGGCCAUGAAGCAGGAUACGAUCGAAAUGCUGGAGUGGAAAUUGGAGCAGCUGCAGGCGCACUCGGCCGCCACUCCCGACACCAUCUUCCUGCCCUCGAUCCCGCACGCCAAGGAGAGCUACCCGGAGAUGAAUUUCGUGGCGCCGAGCACGGUGGGAGGCAUCCGGUACUCGGAGUCCUCGAGCGACACUUCGUCUGCGGCGGAAGAGCGCGGCAAAGCUCGGCACGACCGCAAUCACGUGCCGCAAGCGGAAGAGCCCUUUCUGGACUUUCAGACUCUGAAACUGCAGGAUGCGGAAUUGUCGGCCAUCGUGCACUUGUUCGAGAUGGCGGUGGUCAAAGCGCGUCUGGCCGUGCGGUACUUCUGCAAGGUGUUCAUGAAGCAGAUGGAGGUGUCGGGCUAUUCGGUCUGGCGGACUCUGGCCGAAAUCGAGCCUCAAACCAAGUUUCUGAAGAAGGAACACACCGCAUUCGUGCUGGAAUCGCGGCUCAACAGAGCAUUAUUCCAUUGCUUCGAAAACGACAGCUUCGACGACACGGGACUCACGAGAAUUAUCGAUCCCGAGAAGAGGUGCAUCGCCAGGUUUCAGGACUUCCAGCGUCUGAAGCUGGUGGAAGCGAUCCAGGCUGUGAACUCGCAGCACAAAGCCUUCGACCCGGAGUUCUGGACCUUCUGCGAGAACAAGAUGCGCGAGAUGUGGUUUCUGUUCCCGUGGAACAUCGUGUUCAAGGACUCCGAAGAAAGGUCGACUUUCACCGGAGCUUUUCUGGACGCGGCCAAGUGUGUUUGGCUGCUGCACCGGCUCGCUUUCUCGGUGCACCCGCAAGUGACCAUUCUCCGGGUCGGCAAGGGCAUGGACGCCAACUCACAGUACGUGGAACAAGUCACGGCCAUCGACGAAGGCUGCAGGAGGUGUAAAGGUCCCAAGGUCGAAUUCAUGAGCAUGCCAGGAUUCCAAAUUCACAAGAAAAUUAUUAAGUGCCAGGUUUACCGUCACUUGCGCUGCAAAUAAAUUACAUGAGCCGUAGGCUGGGCACUAUCUAGAGUAGUUUGGCUCCAUGGCAGGUGAUCUUGAACGAUAUAGGAGUAGUUUACGCGAAAUGGCAACAUUCAAUUUAUUCACGAAAUAAGCUCUACUUCGGAGCUUAUGCUCGCUAUGUAAAUACUCACAGGCUCAGACGCUCGCGGCAAACGCUCCGUGCUAAGCGAUCUGCGGCUGAAAUGAGAUGAUCGAAUCAGUUGAAGACUGAUUCAAACAAUUUGACCCAAAUUGUGCAGCCCACUUCUGUCAAUCUAUGUCUCGUCUC